UGAUUCCAAAUGGAGUUGGCCAAUGGGACCACAGUCCAGGAAUUCAUUUUGCUGGGAUUUAAAGUUGAGCCACAGAAGCAAUUCAUGCUUUUUGUUGUCUUCACCAUUCUCUAUGUUCUCACUUUAGCUGAGAACAUCACCAUUAUUUUACUGGUGUUUAUAGAUGCCCACCUGGCCCAGAUUCCUAUGUACAUCCUGCUGAGCAACUUCUCCUGGUUGGAGAUGUGCUAUGUGUCCACCACUGUGCCCCGUAUGCUCUAUGACUUGGCUUCCUCACAUGGGAACAUCUCCUUCCAUGCUUGCUUCCUCCAGUUCUACAUCUUAUUCUCUCUUGGCUCUACUGAAUUUUUCUUCCUCUCAGCUAUGGCUUUGGAUCGGUACUUGGCCAUUUGCCACCCACUGCACUAUACACAAAUAAUGUCUCCAAAUUCCUGCUAUUGCCUGGUGGCUGCUUGUUGGGUCCUCGGAUUCCUCGGGUAUAUUCUCCCAGUGACUUUGAUUUCCAACUUGUCUUUCUGUGGUCCUAACAUCAUUGACCAUUUUCUUUGUGAUCCUGGGCCGAUUCUCUCCCUGGCUUGCCCUCCACUCGGAAAUGUUCCCCUUCUCUGUCAAAUUAUUGUUCAUACCUUGUUUUUAGGCAAUGUUGUAUUUGUUGUGUUAUCGUAUGGCAUUGUAAUUUUCACCCUGCUGAAGUCCUGUAACCAAGGCAGCCGUAGGAAGGCCUUCUCAACCAUAUCAAUGCACCUAUUGGUGGUGACUCUUUUCUAUAGCUCAGUAGGAGGGAUGUAUUUAAUUCCAGGUGGAGAAAGCCAAGCAGAGCUCACUAAGGCAAUUACAUUGUUUUAUGCUGCCAUUACUCCUUUUCUCAACCCCUUGAUCUACUGUCUGAGAAACAAGCAGGUGAAAGAGGCACUGGGCAGGUUGCUGAGGAGAAAAUUGAGUUGGCUGAUGGCAAAGGUCACAGUAUAA